AUAAUUCUAACAUUUAACGGCUAACAACGCAUUGUUCAACAAGUGUCGUCGCUAGGUCUCUUGCCAAAGAGAGAGAGAUAAACCGAAAACGUCUCAAAAGGAUAAAAGAUUUUUGAAAGCCACAGAAAAAAAACAUAAUUUGGUGUUUGAAUUUAAAGUGUUAAAGGAUUUUUCGCAAGUGAAGUGUAAUAAGAAAAGCGAAAAAAAUUAAUUAAAAAUUGUCACAAAGGACUCGGAAAAUUGAAAGAGGUUUUAAAUUUGUAAAAUUUUCAAACAAAACACGCGUAAUAUGCAAACGGAUAUGUUGGCUUAUUAUUUCACGACAUUCAUCGUGUCCGCCGUAAUGGUGUGUCAGACAUGUGCAUUUGUAACGAAACCGAUGGCUGGCCAUGCACCUGUAGGAGGCUCAACGGCAUCGGGUUCACAUGCAACGGCAUCGGGCAGCGCUCUAAAGGACACAGCAGAUAUUUAUGCCCUGGCCAGAGCACAAUUUAUGGAUUCAGUUCCCAGUGGCAAAGUCUCGUUUAAGCCACACGAUUUGGAUGAAAUGCAGGAGAGAGCUGUUUAUGAUCCCGGUGAUGUUUUACUUCGCGCUCUCAAUGCUGACAUUGCUGCCAAUGGCCAUGAACUCGGCACUCAACCCAUGGAACCGGAUUAUGCUGAUACCGUGUACAAUGAACUUGAAUAUGCCAGCAAAUAUGAUAUGAUGCAAAAACUGCAGCAGGAUAUACAGGAGGAGCAAGAUAUUGUUAGUAAAUCGGCAGUGUUGAUGAAACUUCUGGAAGAUCCCACAAUUGAAACACUACCAAUUGUCUAUGUGGAAGAGGAUGGUUCACUAGAUGAUAACAUCAAUGAUAACAGUCUCGACUAUCCAACGAAUACAAAUGGCAUGACGAAACGGUCUCGUUACUACAGACGCUAUCCUUGGAAACGUCAUAAUAGAAAUCGCAGCACCUACGAACCGGAAUUACGUUACGCUUGCACUCCCACCAAGGAGGAUGUCUUCAAGCUGUUGGUAAAUCUGCACGAGAAUCGCAAUGGCAAAAAUGGCAAGACCAUCAACUUCUGUAAUCGCAAACGUCCGGCCAAGGCAAUUUUCACCAACAUCCGAUUUUUGGGUUAAAUUGUGAAAUUAGUACUGGUAGCGAAAAACAAGCAAGAGAAAACGAUGAGAUUGAAAGCAAAGUGAAUCAAAUUAAGUGAAAAAUUCAAAUCAAUUAUUACAGACAGCCAACAAACAUAUUUAACAUAUUUAUAAAGAAACCACGUUAAAGGAAGUGUAUAUUAACACAAGGAAGAGAGAGGGUGAGAGGGAGCGUGAGAGUGGAAGAAUAUAAAUCGCAUAUACAUAUUAUACCAAUAAUUGUGGUAAAUAUAUCAUAUCUAUAUAAUAUAUCAUUAAAAAUAAUAAAUAAGAGAUCCUUAAAAAAGUCCUAUGUGCAGCUAAUACAAGAAAUGUGUUAAUUGUAAAUUUAAUAGACUUAUAUUAAUAAAAAUUGCAUUAUAUGUGGUUACUUGAUGUGAAAUUGGGCAAAUUACGAGCAUAAAAUUAAUUUUCAAAUUUUUAGUUUUUGUGUACUGAUAUUUGAGAGUAGUUCAUUUAUGAGCAAAGAGCAAAGAGGAAGGGGAAUAAUGGGCCACCGAUAAUAGACCCACCCUUUCUGGAACCUCUCCCACAAAACUCCAAGUUUUCAAAAACAAGUAUUUAUCUCAUUGAAUUGCAGAGAGUACUUGAUUUGAACUACAUAAAUGAGAUGUGGUUCACUUCCUCUGGUACUUCUGCCACAAAGUAUCAGGUGUCCGAUUUUCUGUAAACUUAGCACAUCAUUAUAGUUUUUCCUCUGUUAAAACACGUGUGAAAAUCUAAUAUAUCGGUCCAAUCAUUCUACCACCAGGUUACAAAUUCACAGACAAAAAUCAUACCUAUUUCUCAUAAAAACCAAGGAAAGAAUCUCAUACAGGGCAAACUUGGCAUAUUGAAAUAUUGAUAUGAGACUAAGGUCACUUCGAGCACUAUAUUCACUCUAUUAGAGAAUAUGUGAAAAUAUAUCGGUAUAAUCAACCUGCAAAUUUUUAGCUCUUGUGGGGAAGACUAAGGUCACUUCGAGAAUAGACAUGGGAAAACUGAUUGUAAAUUAAAAAAAAAAAAAAACAACAAUUAAUAAUGGCAAUAUUAGUAUUUUCUCGAAGGAUCUGAAAAUAAACAUCCCCUAACUAUUUUUAUUGUGGAGACAUAUUCCCAGAGAUAUGGGUAUUUUUAAUUCAGAAGUUGGAAAGCUUAAGAGAAACAUUUCUAAAUUUUCUCACUUAUGACCUAAAGUAAAUUCUUAAUUCAUCAAUUUUUUUGUCGACUUCCUGUGAUUAUGUGAUUUUUUAGCCUUCCAACAAUAUGAUUUUAUUUCCCUGCUAUUUUGUAUUAUGUUCCCUUUAUAUCUUCAAAACUUCAAGAUAUAUGCGGUAGAUUCUAUUAAAAAUAUUUGGAGAAACACAAGGCAAAUAAAUUGGAAAUAAUAUCCAAUUCUAUAAUAUGGAAGUGAGGUUAGUGUCCAUCAAAAGACCAAUAUCGUAUGUAUUUCCUAAUACCCUGCAAAACAUUGGUAUAGAGUAGCUUGGAAAAAAAAUUGGAAAAAUAUUUUUCAACUUCAAAGAUUUUACACCAGAUACCCCAAAAUGCAAUUUGAAAAAUUGUAAAUAAAAAAUAAAUAUAUUUAUCAAUAUUUAACUAAAAACAAUUAUAGAAGUAUAAUCCGCAUCAUCAAGGAAAUACCUGAAAAGCUAGAAAAUCCACCCAAGAAUAAUAUCUUCCAAAUAAAAAUCAAAUUUAAAAAUACACACACAAUUCCUAAUAAUAUUUGUCUUUUUAAUGUUUGCAUUCCAAAAAUAAUAUCACAGUAAUAAAAAUAAAUCAAUUAGUUAAUACCUCACCAAAAAAUAAAUAAAAUAAAAAAGUAAAACAAAGAACACUACUAGAUUCCCCUUGUGUAUGCACUAAAAAUCAUAUCAAUUGAAUUAAAUUUUAAUUUUUAAAUGUUGUGAGAAAUUGUUGCAAACAAAUACAUUAAUAAAUAUGUAACUUUUGAUCGCUCUUAGUAAUAAUAAUAUUGGCCCCUGAAAUAAACUAUAUAGUUGCAUUUGUAUUAAAAUAAUUUAAAUGUUUUAUUAUUUCAUUUAUGAAGGCAUAUUGUGUACAUACAAGUAUAAUUAUUCCAUAUUUAUAUUUUAUUAAAAAAAAAUGUUUUCAAUUAAAGAAUAUAUAUAUUAUUAAAAUUUACAUACAUACAUA